AUGGGGUCAAAGUUUCAUGCUUUUAUGUACCCAUGGUUUGGUUUUGGUCAUAUGAUUUCAUAUCUUCAUCUAGCCAACAAACUAGCUGAAAAAGGUCAUACAGUGUCAGUCACUUAUUUCCUUCCCUUUUUUUUUGUCGCCACUUAUUUCCUUCCCAAGAAAGCUCACAAGCAGCUUGAACCUCUCAAUCUGUUCCCGGAUAGCAUUGUCUUGGAGUCUCUUACUCUCCCUCAUGUCGAUGGUCUCCCUUUUGGUGCCGAGACGGCCUCGGAUCUUCCAACCUCAACUAAGAAACCCAUACGAUAUUUCGAUGCCAUGGAUCUCUUACGCGAUCAGAUCGAAGCUAAUGUCCGUGCUUUGAAACCAGACCUAAUAUUUUUCGAUUUUAUUCAUUGGGUUGAUCCAGAAAUGGCAAAGGAGUUUGGAUUCAAAAGUGUGAACUACCAGAUCAUAUCGGCAGCUUGUGUAGCUAUGGUUCUUGCACCUGGUGCUGAUUUAGGGCUUCGUGCGCCGCAAGAUUAUCCUUUAUCCAAAGUGGCGUUACGUGGACAUGAAGCUAACGUUUGUUCUCUCUUAGCGUCGUCUUCUCAUGAGCUUUUCCGUCUGAUCACCACAGGCCUUAAGAACUGUGACGUUGUUUCCAUCAGGACAUGCGUGGAACUUGAAGGUAAGCUAUGCGGUUUCAAAAGAAAAUGUCAAAAGAAUUCUUUUUCGAGAAAGAUCAAUUUCAAGAACUCUGUUUAG